AGGAAAGGGGUGCAGAGUAGGGGCAGGCGGAAGUAAGGAGUCACCCCACGAGACGAGCAGCUGCGAAGCAGGACGAUGAAUGGUGUCCUUUCCCGUCCCACCCCUCCUUCAGGUUCCAAUUCGAGCGAUAUCCCCGGCAUGUGGGCUAGCAUCAUUCGUCAUCGCUCCCUGCAGCACGGACACUAUCCACUUAUUCGACUCAGCAUUCCCGUCUCUUCAUGCAGACAGUCGCAUCCAAGGAAAUAACUCCGGAAAUGCCACAACACACCGCAAUGCACACGAGAGAUCAAGGUCAAGAUCGACCUCAGACACUCGUAAACUCACACGUCCCCGCACCAUACAUCGAAUCCACCACCAUUAUCAUUCACCAGCCAGCAAACAAGCUGCCUUAGGUUCGUGCUAAAAUCGCAAUCACGUCACGGGCAUCUACCUCCACCGCUGUCUCAAGAAAUCAAUCAUCCAGUCAACUAAACCGACCCUCAACCGC